UAACAGUAUGACAUUACAAUCGUAUUGACAUGCCUAGAGAACAGAAGCUGCUGAGGACUGACAGGAAGAGCAGCGCUCGUAGUUUAUCCGUCAGGAGUAAUUUAUUUAAAACACCGUGUGGUUUGGUUGUCUGCUCGUCUCCUCGCUUGGUUACCACAACUGAGGCGGUGCUUGGCAUCUGUGUCGUAGGUGGAGAGAGCUGCCAGGACAGGAAUUUUUACUGCACUCCUCUUACAGAUUAAAGUCUGGUGUCCUUUCCUCUGGGGCUCCGAGGAUUAGGCUAGUUAUUGUGGACGGAUAUGGCCGACACUUUGAGGAGACUGACCAACACAUCUUCCUUCAGCGUCUUACAAGACAAGCUUGAGAGCUGGCACAAAGACUACCAUGUCAUUUCCUGUGACCAGAAUCUGAAUAGAUGCUGCGAGCUGAUUGAAUUAACUGCCAAGAUCCAGGGUGAACUGUUUGCCAUCCUCAACUUCACAGCUGCUGAAGGUGGACACUAUGCUGGAGUGGACACUCUCAAAAUGCGCCUGUUGCCAUGGCUUGGAAGCUGUUUCUCAAUGACGAGGCCCUCGGUCAGUGCUGACACCAGUCUACAGCUCAUCCAGGAGUCAGUGGAGAAGGACAGGAGGAUCAGGGAGCUCUCUACCUCCCAUGACAAUGACAUGCAGAAGAUGGAGACUCAGCUGUGCUCCACUCGCAUGCAGUUGGACUCUGUCAGAGCAGAACUGGUCGAUGCUCAGAAGGAACUGGAUGAGACAAAGAGCAAAUCAGCAACCACCCUGCUGGCCACUGAGGAUGAAAUAUUACAACUGAAAGCCGAUUUGCGAUCCGCACAUGAACAGGUGGAGAUUUACAAGAGGAAGAUGGAUGCUCUUGAUGACUACGAGCGUCAGAUUCGCUUGCUGAGGGAUGAAGUGUCCUACUUGAGCACAGAGAAGGCCAUGCUGCAGGAGAGGCUGGUAAGGAGUCGCUCUCCAAGCCCCUUGCCCAGACUAAGCCGCUCCUCCAGCCCGAUGAGGAGUGAGUCGCCCACCAGGGCCCAGCUCACUAACUCCUCCCGCCACGCACGCCUCGUAUCUCGCUUCAGUGAUCUGUAUGCUGUGGAGCGUCUGGAGGCUCAGACCCUGCUUCGACGCUACAUAACUGAUUUAGAGAUGGUCCAGAAAAUCAUCUUCAUUGCUGUUGUGGAAUCCUUUAAGACAGCAAAACUAGCCUACCGUCAGUUCAAGCUGCGUGUGCGAAAGACCUUGUCCCCAUCCCAUUUUGGACCAGAAAGUCUAGAGGAUGCAGCUGUGGACUACAUUGUCAGAAAUUUGGACCUGUAUGAUGUACAGGACAGCGUCAAUGAUGUGAUCAAUGCCAUGAAUGUGAACCCUCGGAUCUCUUUCCCACCAGAGGUGGACUUUGUCCUAAUCAGUAGCUUGAUCAGGGAGACAUGCAGGGUGGCCUUUGCUAUGCAGACUCUGGAUCCACCGCUUGACUUGGCCUUCGCUAGUGAUGGAGAACUUUACAAUGAAAACAAGUAUCGUCGUAGCUAUGACUCAGAGUUCACUGCUCCUCUGGUGAUGUACCACGUGUGGCCAGCUUUGGUGGAAGGAAAUGCUGUAUUAGUGAAGGGCGAAGCUGUGACCAGAAGAGGUGCUCUGUGGAGUAGAAGCCGAAGCCGGAGCAGAAGCACCAGUCCUGUGCGCUCUCGUUCUCUCAGCCCAACUCGCAGUCUUGCAUUUAACAGCAAAAGACACUUGUCUCCUGAACGUCUCACAGCCAGCUACCUGUGAACUCCGGCCUCUCCACAGGACAAGUAUAUACACCUGUAUUUCAUGUCCUUAAAAUAAAAUCUGACAGAUUUUCACAA